UGUUUUAGUGUAAAGGUUAGAUUACAAUGAGCCAAGUUAUUUUAGUUAAAGUUAAGUUUUAAUCAGAGUGUCAUGUAAUUAAGUGUAAUGGCUGGUUGACCUCACACAUUCUCCAAUUUUGUGUAUGUUGACCAAAAUGUGCCAUUAAUCUUCCCAAGACCAGGCUCUGUAAAAGACACUUAGAAUAUACAGUACGUUAAUGUCACAACAGACAAGACACUAAGACAAAAACAGACGACUACUUCAAACAAACUUGGACAAAUUGUCUUAAACUGUUAUCUAUCUAUCUAUGACCCUCUCUUUCUCUUUCUCUCUCACACACACACACACACUUUGGAUGGGAGGAGCCUCGUCCUCUUCAGAUCAGAGACCUGACAACUGUGUGACAUUAUGACCUCCUCAGCAGGACAGCAGACUGAAGCACUUCUCUGUGAUAUUACAUCUACACUCUUAUAAUGCUACGCCUUUAUUCUAAUGUAAAAGGAAUGAUUCUUGGAAAGUCUUUCUUGCUCAACUUUGAGGGUUUUGAAUUUUUCGAAGAAUCCAAAAUGUAUUAAAAGUACCCUGAAGCACACUUAACACUUGUCUGUCUGAAUAAUUAACAGGACUGUUCAAAGAUCUCUGAUGAUUUUUAAUUACAGCAUGAGUUCACAAUUAAAGACACCAGAAAAUCAGAUAUCAUCAUCAUUCAUUGUUCAAGUCUUAAACUGUCAAAUAUCUGUAUGGUGUGAUAGAUUGUGCUAAAAACACCAGUUUAAAUAAAUACAUUAAUAAGAACUAAUAAAUGUAUCUCAUUUCAGUGGGAUUUUAAACAGAAAGCUCCAAAAUAAGUUCAAACAUUUUUUGUUGUUUUUGUGCUUCAAAUUAUAUAUGAACAUGGCUUUAUUUUUGCUAUUCUAUCACUGUUUCUAUAUUAUUAUUAUUAAUGACAAUCGUGAUAAUGAGUUAGUGUAAAAACAAAAUAUUGUGACAUCGCAAUCUUCAAUGCCACCACUUCCGCAGAGAGCUGAUUGUCUGAUGCAGCAGUAUGAACAGAAGUUCAGUCUCUCAUAAGUUGUUUCACUUGGAAAUACAACCUUUCACAUACUUUCGUUGUGAACAGUUAUCACGCGUCAAAUGUCAGGUGAAACUGUUACAAAACGUUAACAUGUGGGUACAGAACUGCACUGCACUGCAACAUGUUCAUCUUAAAAAGUUGUCGUCGAAUUAUCAUUUUUAAUGUUUGAUUUACAGAAUCCAUCUUGGGUGACAGAGAUUCUAAACACCAAAAACAAAAAAUGCCUAAAACAUCUCAGUCAUUUUAGUUUAAGAGUUUUUUUUCCUUAAACAGGCAAAAACAAACCAUGCUGCUUUAGUGCAGACAGUUGUACUUGUUUUCAGAGCAGAUGACAUGCAAACUGACCUGCCUUAAUUUGUGAUUUUAAUACUCAAUGUAAGAAAAUAUAGUGUUUGACCUCUAGUAGGGCCAUGGAGCUUUUUCUGAUCAUUAAAAUGGACUCAAUUGCUGUUUUAUUGCUUCCUUUUUGUUGCUGAGUUUCACCUCAGUGACACACACACACACACACACACACACACACCACACACCCCUCAGACCAUUGGUUACUUACACCACAGCCCCGCCUACACAUUGACUCCUUUAUAAAGACAAACCAAGCCAAGGGAGCUGAAGUUACACGGACUAGCCCUUUAAAAACGCUGAUCUCAUCUGCAGAGAGCUUCCACUUCAUCAGGUCAGCUGACUUCGACAGGAGACUUAAAACAGAAACUGCUUUUCUUUUUAACUUUUUCUUCCUUUCUUUUAUACUCUUUUUAAUUCGACAAAUAGAAGACACUUUGUGGGGACUUUUUCUCUUUCAGUCAUCAGAGGAACUUUUCUUCCCCUCCACCCUCUUGUCACUCGCAGGAAAUCUUCUGCAGAGGCCGAUGGAUCUGUCCGACCUUUCCUUCCCUCUCUCCUCUGCUGAUGACCUCUACGAUGACCCCUGCUUCAGCACCAGCGACAUUCAUUUUUUUGACGACCUGGACACCAGGCUGACGCACGCCGGCCUGCUGAAGUCAGAGGACCAUCUUCAUCACCAUCACCACCACGACGUCCCCAUCGCAGAGGAGGAGGACGAGCAUGUCAGGGCUCCCGGGGGCCCCCACAAGGCGGGGCACUGCCUGCUUUGGGCCUGCAAGGCCUGCAAGAGAAAAACAACACAUGAAGACCGGAGGAAAGCGGCAACAAUGCGGGAAAGGCGACGGCUCAGUAAGGUCAACGACGCCUUUGAGACCCUGAGGCGCUGCACGGCAUCCAAUCCAAACCAGCGGCUGCCCAAAGUGGAGAUCCUGCGCAAUGCAAUCAGCUACAUCGAGUCCCUGCAGGGGCUGCUGAGGGCCGGCCGGGACGACAGCUUCUACCCGCCGCUGGAACACUACAGCGGGGAUUCGGACGCCUCCAGCCCCCGCUCCAACUGCUCUGAUGGCAUGAUGGAUUUUAUCUCUCCGUUUUCGUCCAGAAGUGAAAACAGUGAUGGCUCCUACUGCAGCCAGACAGCAGACGAUUCCAGCAGCAGUAAACGGUCGCUCAUUUCCAGUUUGGACUGUUUGUCCAGCAUUGUAGAGCGGAUAAGCACAGAUCCAGCUGUGGCCCCCCCGGGCGACAGCGUGGUCCCCCAGGGCCCCGGAUCGCCUCAGAGCAGCCCUACCGGCUCCAGUCCCUCUGCUGAACCCAACAGCAUCUACGAGCCGCUCUGAACCUGAAGGAGCAGAGGACUCAUAUUCCACAAAAAGCCAAGACAAACUUCUAAAGACUUUUUUCCUGAAGUCUGAGUCCAGUUUCUUCAGACUGCUGCUUCAGUUUCUAUCCUCCUGAAAAAGCUGAAGACUGCCGUGUGUUCCAUUCAUCUCAGCAGAUUUCUGCUGCAGAUAUGAUAACCGAGGACCAUUUUGUCUGUAAAUAAGAGCUAUUUGUUCACAGUACUCACACACACACAUACAUAUACAGACACAAGGGAUGCUGGAAUUGUUGUGUCAAAUGUUUCUAUACAUUAUUUAUGAGUGAAUGACAUUUUAAUAAAGAAAUAUUUAUAUUCUGA